GGCGUUCUGCAGCUCUGCAGCUUCGUACAGCUGCUUCGGCAGAAGGUCCGAAUGACUCGGGCCUGCUGCACAUGUGCGCUGUGCCGUGGCAAGGCUUCAAAUACCCUCCAUGACGGUCCCCUUACGUAUGCUGCAAUUAACCUGCGACUCAUCUUCACAGCGACGACGUGCAAGCGACCAAUGACUUGCUGCCUUUGAGAGUCGGUUGACCUUGAAUCGCCCGUUGCAUGCGCCACUAGGUCACCCUCAACCGCAAUUGAUUGAUCAACGCUGGGGGCCGUGUCGGCAUGCACUCCGUCCUCUGGAGUGUUCUCCGACAAAUCGAAAUCGUACAGAUUCGUCUGCCAGCGCACUAGAUUGUGCUGAAGACCCCAAGCAAAUCCACUUUCUGCUCUCCUGAUAUACCCCGUCGAUGCUGGAGACCACUAUCUUUGGUGCGAAAGUACCUCACCAGCUUCACACACUCUAUCCAGCACCAACAUGGCAGACAUGGCUUCACGGCGAUCUUACGAGCGCUCAUCAGGCAAGAUACCCCUCAGCGUCAUCCUCAAUGAGGUAGAACCUGAGCCCCAAGCCCACGGGUCUCGCCACGAUGAAUUCCGUGGCUACGAUCCAUCCUCACAAGCAAGGAGUUACGGCAGCUCGCCAACCAGUUCACUCGGGUCACCACCGUCAUCUUACUACACAGGAGGAACUGCCACCCUCCCGCCUCAAAGCCUCACCCGUAACCCACCCACCGCAUACACAGUACCAGACAAGACACCCACAACCUCACCACAACAACAAUCACAAACCACGUUCCAAUAUGGCAGCAUGAACGACAGAAGACCGCGACCGCCGCGACCCUCCUACAGCGAAGAGCAAAAAUUCUUCAUCAUGUACGCCCGCAUCAUUCGAGAUAAUACCUGGCCUGAGAUCGAGGACAGGUUCGAGAAGCUGUUUGGUACAAGGACAAAGGGUGGUCUGACAUCCGUAUACUACCGCGUGCGGAGGGAAUGGGGUCUCAUGGAGGUGCUCAAAAGCGGGCCCGGUUCGUACGCUGCAGAUUGCAGAGAAGUGGAAAAGCGAGCGACCAAUUUCUCGCGUGAGUUCCUUUCACAGAUUGGAUAUUUGCAAUCCAUGAAUUGAAUGAAACACGAGAGAUGGGUUUGCAAGUGAACACAUGAGAGUGCUCAUCGGCGCCCUUGUAUGUUCAGAGAACUUUACCAUGGGACCCUACGUGAUGCGCAUCUGGCUCAAACUUCCAUCCGUGUACUGCGACACCGGGAAAGCUUGAUGCAUCAGGAAGACGCUUUCGCGUCCGUAUAGCGGAUGGUGUCAACACCAGCAGCCGCCAAAUAUGAUCUGGCAGCGCAAUUUCUAACAUAGCAUGGCGACGGGAGGGAGGAAAGCAACAUAGCAUUCAGGAUUCGAGGCAAAAACACGACGAUUAUGAAGGAACAAACGAGAGAGAGAGAGAGUGUGUGUGUGUGGGGUAUCGUGACGACC